GCGCCGCCAUUUUAUUUCCUGUUUCGAAACAGACUUGUAAGCGUUGUAGAUAAAUUUCAAUUGUUUAAGAGUGUAAAUCUGUUAGGGGUUAUCUCAACACUUUUACUCAUUGGUAGGAACAAGACAGUUCUUUUGCCGUUUGUUGUUUUUUGUUGUUUACAGCCGAAGACGUGAUGCCGAGCCACCCUCUUCGUGUUGCGGUGGUGUGCUCUAGCAACCAGAACCGCAGUAUGGAGGCUCACAAUAUCCUCAGUAAACGAGGGUUUGAUGUCCGUUCAUUUGGGACAGGGUCACAUGUGAAGUUGCCUGGCCCUGCACCGGAUAAGCCAAAUGUGUACGACUUCAAAACUACAUACGAACAGAUGUACAACGACUUGGUCCGAAAGGAUAAGGAACUAUAUACACAGAAUGGUAUUCUUCAUAUGUUAGACCGCAACAAACGCAUCAAAUCAAAGCCUGAGCGCUUCCAAAACUGCAAGGACAAGUUUGACCUUAUCAUCACCUGUGAGGAGAGGGUGUAUGACCAAGUACUAGAGGAUUUUAACUCAAAAGAGGAAGAGUUGUCACAGCCUGUGCACGUCAUCAAUGUAGAUAUUCAAGAUAACCAUGAAGAAGCUACAUUGGGAGCCUUCCUCAUUUGUGAACUGUGUCAAUGUCUUCAGCACACGGAUGACAUGGAGAAUGAAAUUGACGAACUCCUACAAGAUUUGGAAGAUAAGAGUAAAAGGACUUUCUUACACACUGUGUGCUUCUACUGAAUGAAUAGAAAAUGCAAUAAUCACACAUCCCAAUAAUAGCAUUCAGACCAUAGGCUAUGGACCGCGUCCCAUCAUAGGUAACACAAUUUACCUAUGCCUGCAGACACUCAGAGCCACAAAAGUUGGACCGAACAAUAUGGCUGCUGUGAUGAAAGUGAAAGUGUUACCUCCCAGAAGAGUAGGAACUGCCUGCUUCUUUGUCAAAGGGCCUCUAUCCCUCUACAGUCAAAUCACUCAACCAUGCAACUCAUAAGCAUUCAGCAUAGAUGACUCUUUGAAAUGAAAUUUUGUAUGACAUAUUACCAUAGAUGACUUUUUUUUUUUUUGUAAAUUUGCGUAAUUCUAGUUCAUGAGCAUUUCGUUUUCGCCUUGAGUAUCCAGGAUUAUAUUUAUUUCUAAGGGUCAAACAGAUGACUGGGUGGAUUAUGCUGUGCGACUGUAAUGUUGAGAAUUAAGCAAAUCUUUGUUGCCUAACGCGUAACCAAAUGUACAGAAGCUCUUCACUGUAUUUUCUGUAUAAUAUGUAAAUUUAUAAUCAAGAUGCACUUGCUGUGUUUCAGGGCAUCUUUUCUUUUGUAAAUUUAUUUUUUUUGUUAGAAGAGCUUGAAUGAGUGCCUGAUUUUCUGUAUGAAUUUGAUUCUACAAAAAAAGUCUUGAUGAAAGUAAA